AUGGCCCCCGCAGCUCUAGCAAAGCAGCAGAGCGCCUUAGAGCGCCAGCAGUCAAUCUUGAGCAACCUAGACGUCGUGGGUUCCAUCAACUCGAACCAGGGGACCGAGAGGCCGCAAAAUGUGAAGCUUGUAACUAAGUGGGGGGUGGCGUUCGUAGUGACUCCCAGAGUUUGCGAGGCAGGGGAGGAGGCCCUGAACAGCUACAGAGUGCUCAGAUACGCGGGUGGCGGGGGCGGCGGGGGCGACAAGGGCGGUGGGUGCGGGGUUAGAGAGGGAAAGCGCGGGGGAGAGGAAGCCAUGGGUGGUCGCAGAGGCAGCCCAGAAGGCUCGGGUGGGCUGCAGGGCUUUGAAGCGGGGUCCAGAGGAGAUGAGCCGUACAUUGCAUUGGGACCACCAACUAAUAUGGCGGCGCAGCCAGAAGCGGAAAGCAGGGGGCACGGGGCAGGAACGAACCACGCUGCCACAACCCAGGACAGGGGGGAAGAGCAGCAGCAGGCCGCAACCGGGGUGAAAGCGCACCAGUAG